AUGAACAGGCUCACCCACCUGAUGAACAGGCUCACCCACCUGAUGAACAGGCUCACCCACCUGAUGAACGGCCUCAUCCACACCAUGAACCACCCCAUCAACCCGAAGCUGAUGGGAUGCCUGUCCCAUGGCCCCACCGGCCCCGAGUCCAGUGACGGUCCUCGUGAAUGGGUGAAGAACGAAGAUAUUUCCUUCUGUGGAAGCACAUUUUCAUCUUUUGGUCGUCUUCCGAUCGCCUCGAAUCGGGGUUUGGAUAUUGAGACAGCUGCGAUUGACGUGGCUGACGACUGGCGACUCCGACGUUUCCGGGUUGAUGAUAUGAAGGUUCAGGGACCAGCCGCGUUUGCCGAGCUUCGUUUGGAUCCCGGCCUUGCUGCGCCGAGUCGGUGA